AUGGACAUUAUUAAUUCUAGUAGACUAAAGGAUCCUACCAAUUUAGAGACGAAAGUAGAAAAGUCAGCAGAGAAAUUUACCAGGCAUUUUCACGUAGGGUUCUAUGAAAAGUAUGAAUGGUUAACCGGCUGCAAAACUUUAAAGAAAUUGUUUUGCUGGCCUUGCCUACUUUUUAAUAUAGCCGAAAAAACAUAUUGGUACUCAGUCGGUAUUACAGACUUGAAUAAUUUUCAUAAAAGUAUAAAACGACAUGUAAAUAGCAAAUCUCAUAUAGAAGAGGCAACGUAUUGUAACAUAAUUCAAAGGGAACUAAACCUAGGAGCAUAUCAAAUAGAAGAGGAAGAUUUGCCUAACUUGAAGAAGCUCCAAAUUCUCCACUUCCUCGUAAAGAAAGAAAUAGAAGGGUCGUUAUAG